UACUUUGAUAUAGCUGGACUGGUAACGACUAACGAGUCAACGAAAACAACAACUAUUUACAUUAUGAUGAUUUUUUUUUCGACGUGUUUUGACCGUGAAAUGUGAAAAUAAUUUUGUGCUUAAUAUUAUUACGAAUUAUUAACAUAAUGCAUUUAUAUUGUUAUUAUGCUCAAUGUCCACAAUAUGACUCGUGUGCUAUUUGUUUAUCAAAUUAAAUUAAAUCACAUACUAUGAAUCACAUUGAUGGAACACAUUAAGUUCGUUUUAAACUGACCACUUAGAACUGAAAAAAAAUUAAUAACCAUGUCGGGAUCAAAGCGUUAUGGAUCUAGCUCGUCAUAUUCGUCACACAGUCCCCCUAUUCCUGAACGUUGGAUUAAAUGCCCUCGUAAAUCUUAUACAACUAUAGCUGAAAAAUUUGUGGCAUUCAAAACACCACUUGAUAGUAAAUAUGACGAUCAAAUACCUAUCGAGAAUAGGUUCAAUACAGAAAUGUUGUUCUCAUCAAUGUCUAAUAUGAAGGUAAGUAUAGGUUUAUGGAUUGAUCUGACAAAAACUAGUCGUUUCUAUAACAAAUCUGAAGUCGAAGAUUCGGAUUGUACUUACGUAAAAAUCCCAUGCGCUGGUCAUGAACAACCUCCUACCCGGGAACAAGCACAAUUAUUUGUAGAUAUUUGUUCAAAAUUUAUUGCAAAAAAUCCUUUGCUGUCCAUUGGUGUUCAUUGCACUCAUGGUUUUAACCGAACAGGAUUUAUGAUAGCUACUUAUUUAAUAGAAACAUUCGAUAUUAGUGUAACUAGUGCCAUAGCUCAAUUUGCGGCAGCUAGACCUACUGGAAUUUACAAACAAGAUUAUAUUGUUGAACUAUUUCAACGAUAUUCAGAUGAUGAAGAACCUACACUAGCUCCAGAACUUCCAGAUUGGUGUUUAGAAUCAGAAGAAGAUAAUCAUAAUUCAAGUAAGUUUGAAUCCUCUUCACGAAAUAAACGUGACUUCAGAGAUCAAGACUCUAAAGAUAGAAGAGAACAUGAACCUUCUAGUAAACGAUCAAGAAAUGAAAUGAAUAAUCGUAACCCAGUAUUUAUGGAAGGUGUAUCUGGUGUUACCGCUAUUUUCGAUCAACCCAGGUUAAGCAACAUUCAAAGAAGAACUCAAGACUUAUGUAAAUGGAAAAGAUCUGGAUUUCCUGGAUCUCAGCCAGUGUCUAUGGAUAUUCAAAAUAUUAAAUUAUUACAUACAAAACCUUACCGUGUUACGUGGAAAGCUGACGGUACUAGGUACUUAAUGUUUAUCCAAGGUGAAAAUGAGAUAUAUUUUAUUGAUAGAGACAACAGUGUAUUUGAAGUUGAGGGAUUAACAUUUUUACACAGAAAAAAUCUAGAUCAUCAUUUGAAAGACACUUUACUAGAUGGUGAAAUGAUUAUUGAUAAAGUCGAUGGACAAAAUAUACCUCGCUAUUUAGUAUAUGAUGUAGUUGCAUUUGAAGGUUUUGAUGUUGGUAAACAACCAUUUUAUCCAAACAGAUGUAUGCUAAUAGAAGUUGAUAUAAUUAAGCCCAGACAUCAGGCCAUUGUGUGUGGUCGUUUAGACAAAACUCAAGAACCAUUUAGUAUUCGUUUGAAACAAUUUUAUGACAUUAAUGCUUCUGAUAAAUUGCUGGGAAAUUUUAGUAAAAAUUUAUCUCAUGAACCUGAUGGUCUCAUAUUCCAACCAUCAACUGACCCUUAUGUAGCUGGUGCGUGUCCUGAAGUUUUGAAAUGGAAACCAUUGGAACUGAAUUCUGUUGAUUUUAAACUUAAAAUUGUUACAGAAGGUGGAACUGGAAUGUUGGAAUCAAAAGUUGGAUAUUUGUAUGUAGGUGGUAAAUCUGAUCCCUUUGCCAGAAUGAAAUAUAAUAAAGAACUUAAAAAUAUGGAUGGAAAAAUAAUCGAAUGCAAAUUUGAAAAUGGAAAUUGGAAGUUUAUGCGAGAGCGAACUGACAAAUCGUUUCCAAAUGCUCACAAAACUGCAAUAGCCAUUUGCCACAGCAUCGAAACACCUGUUACUAAAGAAAUUCUCUUAAAGUAUAUACAACAAGCUCCACGUAGAUGAUGUUAUGUGUACACAAUAACAAAUGUAAUUGCUUAAUAUGUUUCAUAACAACUUUAUAAUACAUUUUAUUCUGUAUAUAAAAUAAUUAAAAAGUUAUUUUAAGAUUUUAAUUAAGUUUAUAUUGAUAAAUAUUAUAAAAUCUGAUAUAAAUUAAAUAAAAACUUAUGUCCUUAUAAUGAAUAUAUAUCAAAUGUAUAAUAAAUUGUGCAUUAUGCGAUUAGUUAUCAUUUUUUAUACUUAUUAAAUUUAGGUAAAUCUUUGUUUUUAUUCGUCAUAGUUAUUCAAUAUAAUAGGUGUUAUAAAAUACCAUAGAAAAAAUUAACAAGUAAAUACACACUGGUAAAAAGUCGGAGUGAGUGAUAUAUAAUUAUAGAAUAGUUGUACUUUAAAUUGUAAUAAUUUAAUAUUUUUUAAUGCAAAAUUUAAGCUUAAACACAAAUAACCAUUAUAACAUAAUUUAUUACCAACUUUAGUUGAAGUUGUAAUCUCAAUUUUAUGAUUAUUAAAUAUUUAGAAAGUAUUAAAAUAUCAGUAGUCAGUACCUACCAUAUCCAUAUGCAUAGGCGCAACUAUGGUGGGAGGCUUAAGAGGAUGCUGUACCCUCAUGUGUUGCCUCCAUCCUAAAAAUGUACAAUAUUGCAAAAAACUGUUAUGCGCGGGAUAGAACCACUCCCUUGGUUUUUUUAGUAGAAUUACCAAACUUCCACAACGCAAAGGGAACAACUUUAUCUAUGUUGUAGUGUUUUUAUUAUUUGGAUAACAUAAAUAAAAUUAAAGUUAUUAGUUUGAGAAAAUUAGGAUUUUUUUUGUUUUUUUCAUUCAAUUAUAAAAAAUAAUUGGCAAAUGCUAUCAAAAAAUUAAAAUGCUAAGACACAGAUAAAGUUUAUUACCUAUGCGUUGUGGAAUUUUGGUAAUUCUACUACAAAUACCGAGGAAGUGGUUCUAUCCCGUGCAAAACAGUUGUUUGCUAUGUUGUACAUUUGUAAGACAGAGACAACACAUGCGGGUAUAGCAUCCUCUUAACUCUCCUAGAUGAAAAAUCUCAAAAUUUUGUAGUUGGUACUUUUAGCCCCUAGUCCCUACCAAAAAAAAUAUAAGCUAUAGUUGCACCUAUGACUAUGGUUUUAUAAUUGAGUUUAUUCUACAGAGUAAUAAUAAUAAUGGUAACUAUUACAUUUCUGAUAAAUAUUUCCCUCUAGAAUAUUAUUUGGGCGGUGUCAUACUAAGAAAUUUUACCGCUCCGAUAUAUAUAUAUUUUUACUGUUCCACCGCACACGUCAACCAUGCAGUAUGAUACAAUCUGGCAAUGUGGGAGGUGAAUAAACCGUUGCGGAAAAAAUGCAUAGUAUGGCACCGCCCUUACUCAGUAUACUCUAUAGGGUCACCGCUCUCUAAUUAUUACUGUGUGGAUUGUGAAUAUUCCAUAAUUCCCAUACAUUUAUCACUGAAUAGAAAGUAUUUGUUAGGUUUGAAAGUUGUUGUAUCAGUAUAUUUUUUCUGGGCUACUAGAUGUAUUUCUGAAUAAGUUAGAAAGUUUCAAGACACUACACAAAAUAAAUUAAUAUUUUUUGCAUAUAUUAUGAUUUUUAGUUUUUCUUAAUUUUACAUUUUUUUAGAGCAAAUAUUUUAGUUUGAAUAGUAUACCUUAAUGAUUAAUUAAUAAUAAAAUUAACGAAAUUGUCAGUUGGAAUAUAGCUUGUACAAUUAUAAGUUAUUAUUAUAAUAUUAUAUUAUUGUAUCAUGUUUUUAAAAUACCUAGAUUAUAUAAAAAAAAAAGUAAAU